CAUUCUUUGGACAUACAACUUAGUUGUAUCCAUCUUGUUAUAUGAUGUACGAGAGUGACCCUAUGGAAGUAGAAGAGGAGAAUGGCGCAGUUGGGCCGAGCUUCGCAGAGGGCUGCACAUCUGAACCCUGUAUAGCAGAAGCAUGCAAACCAGAACCCUGUACAGCAGACACAUGCAAACCUGAACCCUGUGUAGAAGAUGUCUGCACAUCUAAACCCUGUGCAGCAUUCUACACAUCUGAUGGCUGCACAUCUGAUAGAUGUGCUGAAAUGGAUAUGCCUGAGGAUGGUCGCCGUGGUGUGAAAAGGGCUAGACAACCAAGUCCAAAGGAUUACUUUGGACUGCAUAAAGCUAUAUGCACGUCACCACCACCAGGAUCAAGGAUGUUGGAAUACACAGGUGGGAUUACUAUUUUCCAAUAUGGUGCUUCUACAAGCACUGGGAUAACAUCUAGUUUCAUGCAGAAUGAUGAAGCACGAGUGCCGUUAAAACGGGUUUCCUCUUCCCCCUUGGAGGAAAUGCAUAUUAAAAAAAGUCGAGAUAUUUCUGACAGAAGUGUUAUACAAGAUUGUCCUCGAGGUCUAUUCGGUGGAUCACCAACACCCAUCUGUCCAUCCACUGGAUUUCCAAAUCACAUUCUUGAGAUCCGAAAAAAACAGGAUGUAGUUGAUAUUUCUGAUAGAAGUGUUAUGCAAGAUUGUCCUCGAGGUCUAUCCGGUGGAUCACCAACACCCAUCUGUCAAUCCACUGGAUUUCCAGAUCACAUUCUUGACACCGGAGAAAGACAGGAUGUAGUUGAUAUUUCUGACAGAAGUGCUAUACAAGAUUGUCCUGGAAGUCUAUCCGAUGGAUUACUAACACCCAUCUGUCCACACAAUGGAUUUCCAUAUACAAUUCUCAACAUUAACAAGUGGAUACGAAAAAUACAGCGUAAAAUCGAUGGGAUGGAAGAUGAAAAACCCACUUAGAAAUGUAUGCUGAAGAGACAUUUCUUAUUCUUAUUCCUCAUUAGUAGAAAAGCAUCUAGCAUCUAGCAUCCAGCAUCUAGCAUAUAGUCCUCUUUCUUAACGAAGCCUUUUCAAUAAUUGUUUUUCAAAACAUAAUAUGGAUUAAAAAACACAAUUGAAAUUAAAUAUUAGAAUUAGAAAAGAAAA